AUGAUGAUUUCAAGAAACGAAAACGAGCGCGUGCUCAUUGAACCAAGCAUCAAUUCUGUGAGAGUGUCCAUUAAAAUCAAACAGAGCGAUGAAAUAGAGAGUAUCCUGGUUGACAAGUUCACCAGGUUCCUUACCAAAAGAGCUGAGAACUUUCUGAUUCUCAGAAGAACGCCUAUUCCAGAUUACGAUAUCUCGUUCCUGCUCACAAACUACCACAACGAGGUGAUGAUGAAAAACAAAUUGAUCGACUUCAUCAUCGAAUUUAUGGAAGACGUCGACAAAGAAAUCAGCGAGAUGAAACUGUUCCUCAAUUCCAGAGCGAGGUUCGUCGCAGAAGCAUAUCUGAGCGUGUUCGAUUAG